AUGAGGAUUUCAGCGGUUUUACACAAUAAAUUCAAAGAAUUGAAAGAUGUUUCUAAGCUAGCGUUGUCAUUUAGCGGAUGUGGAUUCCUUGGAGCUUACAAUUUCGGUGCGGCGAGUCGAUUGAUGAAGGAGGAAGAAAUAAUUCGGAAAAAAGUCGAUCGAAUCGCUGGAGCGUCUGCCGGAAGUUUAGUUGCCGCGAUUCUAGUUUUGGCGCCGGAAAAACUUGAUGCUGGAAUCGAAACUUUGUACUCAAUGGCCGAUCAAGUACAUUCUCGACCGUUUGGUGCGAUGACUCCCGGUUAUUAUCUGAAUGACCAGCUAGUCAGGAUAAUCGAUGAUUUUCUUCCGAAAGACAUCGAGAAAGCUCAAGGAAAGCUACACGUGUCAAUCACCAAGUACAAACAAUAUAUCGACGGUGGAAUGACGAAUAACUUGCCAGUUUUCGAAGAUGUAAAAACUAUCACGUGCUCUCCGUUUUCAAGUCUUGCCGAUAUUUGUCCGGAGGAUCCGUCGACGUGGAAUGUGGUGUUGGGAAAACAGACUUUCAAGGCAUCCCGACGAAACCUUCUCCGCGGCGCCCGUGCCCUAUUCCCCCCGAAUCGACACAUUCUGAAAGAGUAUUAUGACAUGGGUCACAGUGAUGCGGAUCGAUUUAUUCAGGGAAAAAUAUAA